AACCGCCAACUAGUCUUAUAUUUUAUGCUUCCUGUUUUACCCCUCCCAUUUCUGCCGCUUAAUCAUCUCCAAUCUACAUCUUUCUCCGUCGUGCAAAUCGAUUGGAUCGACCCAAAUUGGGGCUUAAACCCAUAGCGAUCCACAAAAUUCUCUUAUAAUUCUGUGAAAUAGAAUUCUCAAUUUUUAUCCGAUCAGACAAUUUUGUUGUAGCGGCAGAGAUGGGGACUCCAAAUAAGAAUGAAAACAAGGGCGGUUUCUUUUCCUCCAUGACAUCGGGCUUUUCGAUGUUCAGCAGCGUCAUGCAUAGAUCGGUGAACGGAUUGCUUGGUUAUGAAGGGGUGGAAGUUAUAAAUCCAGAAGGAGGCAAGGAAGAUGCUGAAGAGGAAGCUCUGAGAGGAAGAUGGCAACAGGAUGAACGUGAUAGUUAUUGGAAGAUGAUGCAAAAAUAUAUUGGUUCUGAUAUCACAUCAAUGGUGACGCUACCUGUCCUUAUAUUUGAGCCAAUGACGAUGCUUCAAAAAAUGGCAGAGUUAAUGGAAUAUUCGUACCUUUUGGAUCAAGCAGAUGAAUGUGAGGAUCCCUACAUGCGGUUGGUGUAUGCAUCGUCGUGGGCAAUAUCUGUUUAUUUUGCCUACCAACGCACUUGGAAGCCUUUCAAUCCAAUUCUUGGAGAGACUUAUGAACUGGUUAACCAUGGAGGGAUUACAUUUAUUUCUGAACAAGUGAGUCAUCAUCCUCCUAUGAGUGCUGGACAUGCUGAAAAUGAGCAUUUCACAUAUGACGUGACAUCUAAGUUAAAAACUAAAUUUUUAGGGAACUCUGUUGAUGUCUAUCCUGUUGGAAGAACACGUGUGACUCUUAAAAGAGAUGGUGUUGUUCUAGAUUUAGUUCCACCUCCUACAAAGGUUAACAAUUUGAUAUUUGGACGAACCUGGGUAGAUUCACCUGGAGAAAUGGUCAUGACAAACUUGACCACUGGAGACAAAGUUGUUCUGUAUUUUCAACCUUGCGGUUGGUUUGGGUAUGUUGCUCCUCAUUUCACCUUUCUUUCUUGACUUCCAUAGAGAUGA